CCCCACUUUAAACCAAACCUAACCAGAAACAUCCCCAAACUCGCCGAGCACUUUCCCCCCUCCCCGCAUAACUCCAGCACCGUCUCCCCCUCCUAUCUCAAGCCCUCCGCGCCUUGCUGAGGAGGAGGAGGAGGAGGAAGAGCAGCGGCGGAGCAUCGAGCGCGGAAGAUGGAGGUCUCCACGGACCAGCCGCGGUGGGUCAGCCACCACCACCCGGCCGUGCUCAAUGGGCAGCACCCGGACUCGCAUCACCCCACGCUUGGCCAUACCUACAUGGACCCCACGCAGUAUCCUCUCGCCGAGGAAGUGGAUGUACUUUUUAAUAUCGACGGACAAGGCAACCCCGUCCCUCCGUAUUACGGCAACUCCGUGAGAGCCACCGUGCAGAGAUACCCCACGGCCCACCACGGGAGCCAGGUAUGCCGCCCCCCGCUGCUGCACGGCUCGCUGCCCUGGCUGGACGGGAGCAAAGCGCUGAGCAGCCACCACAGCGCUUCCCCCUGGAACCUCAGCCCUUUCUCCAAGACCUCCAUCCAUCACAGCUCACCGGGACCCCUUUCCGUCUACCCACCCGCCUCCUCUUCCACUUUAUCCGCCGGCCACUCCAGCCCGCACCUUUUCACCUUCCCACCGACCCCUCCUAAAGAUGUGUCCCCGGAUCCGUCCAUCUCCACCCCCGGCUCCACCGGCUCCACCCGGCAGGACGAGAAGGAAUGCAUCAAAUACCAGGUGUCCCUGGCCGAUAGCAUGAAGCUGGAGUCCUCUCACUCUCGGAGCAGCAUGGCCUCUUUAGGAGGAGCCACCUCCUCCGCUCAUCACCCCAUCACUACCUACCCACCGUAUGUCCCAGAAUAUGGCUCUGGACUUUUUCCCCCCAGUAGCCUCUUAGGAGGAUCGCCUACCGGCUUCGGGUGUAAAUCGCGACCGAAAGCACGGUCAAGCACAGAAGGCAGGGAGUGUGUAAAUUGUGGGGCUACCUCAACCCCUCUGUGGAGAAGAGACGGCACCGGGCACUAUUUGUGUAACGCCUGUGGACUCUAUCACAAAAUGAACGGGCAGAACCGGCCCCUGAUCAAACCCAAGAGAAGGCUGUCUGCAGCCAGGAGGGCGGGCACGUCCUGCGCGAACUGUCAGACCACCACUACCACCCUGUGGAGGAGAAAUGCCAACGGCGAUCCCGUCUGUAACGCCUGCGGGCUCUACUACAAGCUGCACAAUAUUAACAGACCCCUGACUAUGAAGAAAGAAGGAAUUCAGACCAGAAACCGAAAAAUGUCUAGCAAAUCCAAAAAGUGCAAAAAGGUCCAUGACAACCUUGAAGACUUUCCCAAGAGCAGCUCCUUUAACCCCGCCGCCCUCUCCAGACACAUGUCCUCCAUCAGCCACAUUUCACCUUUCAGUCACUCCAGCCACAUGCUGACUACACCGACACCGAUGCAUCCUCCAUCCAGCCUCUCCUUUGGACCUCACCAUCCUUCCAGUAUGGUCACUGCCAUGGGUUAGCGAGAGACUCCCCUGCUGAAUGCUUACGGUCUCAAAAUGAGAUUUACUUUAUAUACUUGCAUUUUUGCAGGCGUGUGGUUAUGGGUCUGACGUCCCGAAUCAAAUAGGAGGGGGAAAACAGAAUUAAAAAAAAUAAAUAAAAAUGUUAUUUGAAGGCGUAAGAGAGAAAAAAGUAAAAAAAACCCAGAAAAAAACUACAAAAAGCACAAAAAAGGAAAAAAAAGAAAAAAAAAGAGAAAAAAGUAAAAAAAAAAAGUUUUAAAAAAGUGAUGUUUGCCACUUUUUAAAGGAACUCACUAUGGCGUCUAUGUAUUCUUACCCACUGAAUCUGGAUACCAUUUGUGAAUAAGCCAUUCAGAACUUGCAUUCCCUAUUGGACAGGAUCUCUAGUGCUGUGAAAAAAAAUAAUAAAAUAAAAUAAAAAACGCUGAACAUUGCAUAUAACUUAUAUUGUAAGAAAUACUGUACAUUUGAGGAAGACUUUAUUGCAUCUGGGGAGCUGUAAAGAAAAAGGCAUGAAGGACUCUGAGAGAUUUUUUUUUUUAAAGGAAAAGAAAAAAAAAAGAGGACGGGAGGACAAUUUAAAAACCAGAAAAACAAACAAUGCAGACCAAGAGGAAACGCGGUCUUAAGAACAAAUGGACCAACUGCCAGUCAUGUCUUCUCCUUUUAUUUUAUUUUUAUUUGUUUUUUUUUUGUUGUUGUUGUUUUUUUUGUUGGUUUCUUUUUCAUUUCCGGGGAGGGGGAGGGGGCUGGCUAGAACGGUUUUGAUGAUGCAUUAACUAACUAACUAACUAACUAAUUAAAUAAAUAAAACCUGUAGGGAGAUCAUUCAUUUCGGGCCACGGGCCUUUUACAUAGGAAGUACCAAUGGUGUCAGGCAAUCAGUGUUAACAUGCGGACAUUGCCAACAAGGGGUUUUCAGAUAGCCAUUCUCCAGGUCUAUACGCAUUGUGAACAAGUUCCUGUAAUUGUUGUUUGUAUGUAUAAUUCAACGCACCAAAAUAAGAAAGAUGUAGAUUUAUUUCAUCCUAUUAUACAGACUGAAUGGUUGUACAAAUUUAUUUACUGCUAGUGAUAAGACCUGCUUUUUUUGUUUUGUUUUCAUAUUUUUUCCUCCUUUUUUUUUUUUUUUGAGAAUAAACUAGAUUAAAUUC